GGUAGAAGAAGCAGCUUGUUGAUUUUUUGUUGCCGCACGCGUUCGAAAAGGAAAUCGGGUAAUAUUUUCCGUGCCGCCCGCGUAGUGUAUAUAUUUUGUAGUUGCUCGUAACACUAGUGAAAACCAAAUCCCAAAUUCGCGAGUGCAACCACCCAGCCAGCUGUGGCGGUACGAGUUUAGAGUAUUUCCCUACGACACCUGCCCACCGAAACCUCCAAGAUGUCCAAGGACUCAAAAUAUGAUCUGAGCAAGAUAUACGCUCGCGUGGAUCGUGUCAAUGUAAGCGGCCUGCUGCGCACCCACAGCGACUAUGUGAUGAGGGCAGCCGAUGCCCUUUUCAAGGCCAAUAACUUCCAGGAUCUAAUGUUGGAGGCCAUGUCCGCCAAGUCCUACCUACACGAGCUGGGCAUCUUCAAGGAUGUGAGCGUGCACAUUGACAUAAGCCGGGGAUCAGAUGCCUCACCGCAGGGCUACGAGGUGACCUUCAAGGGCAACGAGUACUCGCGCAUGAUGGGUUCGGCGGGCACAGAGAUUGGCCAGAACGAGGGAUCUCUACGAACAGAGCUGACCAUCCCGAAUAUCUUUGGGCGUGGGGAGAGCAUCUCACUGCAGGGCAGCUAUAGCAGCACAAGGGCCAAUGAUUUGCAGCUAAAGUUCUGGAAACCCUUUUUCCACACGCGUUUCAUGGAAAACCGACCCGAAGUAUCCUUCAGCCUGUUUAGACAAACUGAUAGAUUCGACAUCAGCUCAUUUCAAUCCACAAAUCUAGGCUAUUUGGUGGACUUUUCGGCACACACUAUGCUGGGCGUGGAUUUGACCCACUCCCUGCAGUACGAGAACUCCAUCAGGGAAGUGGGACUCCUCAACAAAUCGGUGCCCUUCGGCAUUCGCGAUCACUGCGGACCCAAGCUGGCCUCGCUGCUGCGCUACUCCGUGAUCUACGACAAUCGGGAUGGCAAUGUAUUCCCCACCCGCGGAGUUCUGCUCAAGUCGGUCAACGAGUAUUGCGGAUUGGGUGGCAAUAUCGCCUACACCAGCAGCACGGCCCACGGAGAGGUGAAUGUGUCGCUGUUUGCCGGCCUGGUGGCACAGUUUUGCGGUCGUGUUGGUGUCCUCAAGGAGACCAAACAGACAACACAGCUGCCCCUGAGUUCGUUGUUCUACUGCGGCGGCCCCUUGACUCUGCGAGGAUUUAAGUUUGGAGGAGCUGGACCCGUGAUUGAUGGUACGCCCAUUGGGGCACAGACUUUCUGGGCGACGGGCGCACAUCUAUGGGCGCCUUUACCCUUUGCCGGAGUCUUCAAGAACCUGGCCAGUCACUUUAGGAUGCAUUUCUUCUACAACCUGGGCAACAGUAAUAGCUUUACCACAGAAAAUAUGCGCAGUUCCUUUGGCAUGGGUCUGGCUGUCAAGUUGGCGGAACGAGCACGCAUUGAACUCAACUAUUGCAUCCCUGUGAAACGCCAGGCCACGGAUAAGAUCACCAACGGUUUCCAGUUUGGCAUUGGCUACGAGUUUGUGUAGAGAUCAGCUCCAAUGACUGGAUUAAAUCCUAGCAAAAGCCAUGAGAGUCACAACCCAACAGCAACAAACUAAUUCUAAUCUACAACAAAUGGCUGCCCUGUCCCAACUAUCACGAGUGCUUAGAGAUUCUGUUCCGUAUUCUAUGUUCAAUGCAUUUCUAUUAUUUUUCUCUGCAAAUUUAUUCGUAGUCCCAGCGAUCAUUUAAGUAGUUCCUAAGGCGUGUACAUACGUAAAACGAAAUGUUAAACAAAUAAAAUAAAAAAAAAAAACAAAAA